UCAUUUCGGAAUCGAUUACCGCCAUCAUGGCUGACAAGGGCGGAGGUGCAUAUGGGACCAAAGCUGCCGACACUGACUUCAGGAAGAAAUGGGACAAAGAAGAAUAUACUGAGAGAGCCAAAAAGCGCGACCUCGAAGAGAAAGAGAGGAUGCAGGAGAAUGAAGAGCGUAUGAAGCAAGGAAAGAGGCCCCGAAAAGGGCCAAAACAGGAUCUCCCAAAGCCCACAGAACUAAUGAAACAGCGAGAAGGCUCUCUCGACCUCGAUAAAAAUCUUAACAAGACUAUGGUCGUUCAGAAUCCCGGUGGAAGAGGCUCAGGCCAGCCAGGGUUUCACUGUGAGGCUUGUAAUCGAACCUACAAGGACACUACUGGGUACUUGGACCAUAUCAACAGUCGCGCUCAUCUAAGAGCGUUGGGACAAAGUACUCGGUUGGAACGAUCAACUCUGGAACAAGUUCGCGCGCGCAUUGCGCUUCUUCGUGAAAAGACCAAAGAAGCGACUAAUGCCAAAGCAUAUGAUUUCGACCAACGUUUGGCUGAAGUGAGGGCCAAGGAAACGGCGAUCCGUGAAGAGAAGAAGGCUCAGAAGAAGGCUCAAAAGGAAAAGCUACUUGUUAACGCUCUGGCAGCCAACAAUCCAGAGAAUGACGAAAUGGCCAAGCUGAUGGGUUUUGGAGGUUUUGGUUCGUCCAAGAAAUGAUUGAACAUCCGUAUAUCUAUCUGCGUGUAAUGAUAACAAUGUAAUAUAUAAGUAGUACUAGCUAUAAACUAUA